ACCGCAAUGACAUCAAUGCACCGCACACAUGUCCCUCUCCUCUGAUCGACCACUGUAUUCACAACUUGGUUAAAUCUGGUUGAAUCCUUUUACAGAAGGCUCUAAACUGACCAGGCAUGGCUGUGUCUGUUGCUAUUCAGCUAACUUCAUCGGCUAGUUUUGUGCCAUAUGCUGUUGCUGAACUGGUUAAGGAUACCAUCCUCCCGUCUCUAAGUGUCUCGUUUGGUCAAGCUACCUGUGCUUCUCAAAAUGGUGGCACUCUCAAUGGUGCACAUGCUGUUGCUCGAUUCCUGUGCCGUCUUGUUCCCCCUGAUAAAAUGCCCCUUUACGGUACUACCAACCUUGAGAAAGCGGAAAUUGACCACUGGAUGGAGUAUAGUCUCACCCAGUUAACUCCCGGGCCUGGUCAGGAGAAGGUGCUGACUCAACUGAAUAACAUUCUGGAGCCUAGGGUUUACCUAGUGGGUUAUGAUCUGAGUCUUGCUGACUUGGCUGUGUACAGUAGUCUCAGAGCUCAAGCUAGUCUUUCCAUGGCUCCAUACAAUAACCUCAAGCGCUGGUUUGACUAUUUGACUAGCAAAGAUGCUAUCAAACUUGUCGGAGACAAGAUGGAGACAAAGGCUGUACCUAGAGUCAAGCAAGCUGAUGUGGGCAAGUUUGUUGAGCUUCCUGGAGCUUCAAUCGGCAAUGUUGUCACUAGGUUCCCUCCAGAAGCUUCAGGCUACCUGCAUAUUGGCCAUGCAAAGGCUGCCUUACUGAACCAAUACUACCAGAUAAAAUUCCAAGGUCGUCUGGUUAUGAGGUUUGAUGAUACCAACCCUGAGAAAGAAAAGGAGGAGUUUGAGAAGGUGAUUCUGGAGGAUGUUGCCAUGCUGGACAUCAAGCCAGACCACUUCAGUUUUACAUCAGACUGGUUUGAGUUGUGUCUUGAGUAUGCCGUGGGCCUCAUCAAGGAGGGACUGGCUUACAUUGACGACACACCCCCAGACCAGAUGAAGAAGGAGAGAGAGGCCAGGAAAAAGUCUAAGAACUACAACCUUUCUGUUGAACAGAACCUUGCCCUUUGGGAGGAGAUGAAAGUAGGGUCUAAGCGUGGUCUCCAAUGCUGCCUUAGAGCUCGCAUUGACAUGGGCUCUGACAAUGGAUGCCUUAGGGAUCCCACCAUCUACCGCUGCAAACUCGAGCCUCCUCACCCACGCACUGGAUCGAAAUAUAAGGUGUACCCUACGUAUGACUUUGCCUGCCCCAUUGUGGACAGUUAUGAGGGUGUAACCCAUGCUCUGAGGACAACGGAGUACCACGACCGUGACCCCCAAUAUGAAUGGUUUUGUCAGAAGCUACGGAUAAGACAGCCGUACAUCUACGAGUACAGCCGAUUAAACCUACAGAACACCGUUUUGUCUAAGAGAAAACUGAGGUGGUUUGUGGAGCAAGGCAUCGUGAGUGGGUGGGAUGACCCAAGAUUCCCCACUGUAAGAGGAGUGCUCCGCCAUGGCAUGACAGUGGAGGGACUGAAACAGUUUAUUGUUUCCCAGGGAUCAUCACGAGCGAUUGUCAUGAUGGAGUGGGAUAAGCUGUGGUCAUGUAACAAAAAGGUGGGUGAGACUGUAAGGGGAUGGAGUGAGAUUAUAAAUACUACUUUUGCUUUACAGGUCAUUGACCCCGUUUCUCCUCGAUACAUCGCUCUUCUCAAGUCUGAGCUUGUGCCACUUCAUCUGCCCGAAGCCAAGGAGGAAAUGAAGAUGAAGCCCAAGCAUCCAAAAAACCCUGAUGUGGGAGAUAAAGAAGUGUGGUAUUCCCCAAUGGUGUGGGUAGAAGGGGAAGAUGCAGCAGCUGCUACCGAGGGCGAGGUGGUUACACUCAUCAACUGGGGAAACAUCAAGAUCACUAAAGUCGCCAGGGGUAAGUCAGGUACUGUGACUGGCCUUGAGGCGAAACUGGACCUGGAUAAUACUGACUACAAGAACACCGUCAAACUUACCUGGUUGGCUAACACAGCCAAAGCCCCACCGACCCCGACAGUGUGUGUCCAUUUCGAACACCUAAUCACAAAAGGGGUGCUUAAGCCAGAGGAGGAUUUUAAAGACUAUGCCAAUAGAAACUCAAAAACAAGCUUUGGGAUGAUGGGAGAUCCACUACUCAAGCAGCUCACAAAGGGUGACAUUAUCCAAGUACAAAGACGGGGGUUCUACAUCUGCGAUGAGCCGUAUCGUCCUGUAUCUCCCAACUCAGGUGUGGAGUCUCCCUGUGUCUUGUUCAACAUCCCUGAUGGCCAUUCAAAGACCACUUCUCAAGGAACGAAGAACAAGGCAGAUGGUCCCACUGACCCACAGCAGGCUGCAAAAAGGAAGCCACCAGCUGAGGUUGAAGACAAAGAAACUAAAGUCGUUCCAGUGACCAUGGUACAUGUAGUUGUCCCAGCUGCAAUCAAUGCUGACACUCUGAAGCAAAAGAUUGACAGCCAGGGACAGAAAGUUCGGGAACUAAAGGUGGCCGGCGGAGCAAAGGUGGAGGAUGUUGAUAAGGAGGUGAAGGCACUACUGGAUCUCAAACAACAGUACAAGGACCUUACCGGAGAGGUUAUUAGUGGAGGCAGUAAGAAAAGGUCAAUCAAGCAACCUGCUGCCACUGGUGGAGAUGGUAAAGGCAAUAAAGGGCCGAAGAAAAUCAAAGAGGGCAAAGUUAAAAAAGCAGCUGCCCCUAGCCCUGCUCCUGCUACUAGUGAAAAAGCCAAGAAAACAAGACUUGGCAUGGAGGUUGCAAAGGAGGAUAAUCUGAGUGAGUGGUACUCUCAGGUCAUCACCAAGGCAGAAAUGGUGGAGUAUUAUGAUGUCAGUGGUUGCUACAUCCUCAGACCGUGGUCGUUUUCUAUAUGGGAGAAAAUACAAGAGUUUUUAGACAAGAAGAUCAAGUCGAUUGGUGUUGAGAAUACUUACUUUCCAAUCUUUGUGUCUCGUGCUGCUCUUGAGAAGGAGAAAGAGCAUAUUGCCGAUUUCGCACCUGAAGUUGCCUGGGUGACUAAAAGUGGCCAAUCAGACUUGGCCGAGCCUGUUGCCAUCCGUCCCACCUCUGAGACAGUGAUGUAUCCUGCCUUUGCUAAGUGGAUUCAAUCUCAUCGGGACCUUCCUCUCAAAGUCAACCAGUGGUGCAAUAUUGUGCGCUGGGAGUUUAAGCACCCCCAGCCAUUUUUGAGGACAAGGGAGUUCCUGUGGCAAGAGGGACACACUGUGCAUGCUGCCAAGGAAGAUGCUGAGGAAGAGGUGCUUACAAUCUUGGAAUUUUACAGCCAAGUUUACGAGGAUUUGAUGGCCAUUCCAGUUAUAAAAGGUCGCAAAACAGAGAAAGAAAAGUUUGCAGGUGGAGAUUACACCACUACCAUUGAGGCUUUCGUUUCAGCAAGUGGCCGUGGAAUCCAGGCAGCAACCUCGCAUCACCUCGGUCAGAAUUUUUCCAAGAUGUUUGAGAUACAGUUUGAAGACCCCUCAAAAGAAGGAGAGCACAUUUUCGCCUAUCAAAAUAGUUGGGGCCUUACAACUCGAACGAUUGGUGUGAUGACAAUGGUACAUGGGGAUAAUUCCGGUCUUGUGUUACCUCCUAGAGUGGCUCAAAUUCAAGUGAUUGUUGUGCCGUGUGGAAUUACAGCUACUAUGGCUGAAGAUGAAAGGAGCAAUCUAAUUGUUCAGUGCAAAAAGUUCGUUGCUGACAUGUGCACCUCUGGGGUACGUUGUCGUGGUGACUUCCGAGAUAACUAUUCACCAGGAUGGAAGUUCAAUCACUGGGAACUAAAGGGUGUUCCGGUUAGAGUGGAGAUUGGCCCUCGUGAUCUGCAGAAGAACCAAAUUGUAGCUGUUGCCCGUGACAAUCAGUGCAAGAAGACCAUAAAUCUGGCCGAUGCUGACAAAAUACUGAAUACAUUACUGCAGACCAUUCAAGCCAGAAUGUUCCAAAGAGCCAAGGAUGACUUAGAUGCUCAUGUUUCUGUUCUUGAGUCUUGGCCUGAUUUCUGCUCUUCUCUAGACGAUAAGAAGCUCAUAAUGGCGCCUUUCUGUGGAGUUAUUGAGUGUGAAGAUGUUAUUAAGAAAAAGAGCUCACGGGAGGACAUCCUACUGGAACCAGGUGCUCCAUCAAUGGGUGCAAAGUCUCUUUGCAUUCCAUUUGAGCAGCCAAAGAAACUCACUCCGGGACAGAAGUGUGUGGGACCUGAUUGUGGUGACCUAGCUAAGUUUUACACACUCUUUGGAAGGAGUUACUAGAACUUAUGUGAGAUGGUAGUUUAUACUACGACUAGAACUCUAAUUGUUUAUUAUGCAAGUUACAACAUGUAUUAAAAAAAGCUUACUUCCAAUAAAA